CACGUUUCUAUAUAAAAGGGACUUCCGUCGUCCCAUUACUGUGUUACCUUAGAUGAGUUGUUAGCUUCCAACCUGUACUUGAUGGGAGAUGGGGACUAUGGGCUGCACCCUGAACCCGGCGCCGCCGACGUGGCCGUCUGGCCCGGCGAGCUCGACGAGCAGCUCAUAACCGAGCUCCUCAGCGACGACAGCCUCCUCCUGGGCACCCUGCCGCCGCCGCAGCAGGUCCCCGCCGGCGACGACCCGGAGGAGCAGCACUGCUCGCGUGACACAGGCGGCGCGUCAUCUGCUCCCGCCGCGCCGUGCAUCAGCGGCGGCGGCACCGCUGCCGAGCACCGGGAGCUGCUUCCGCAGCCGGAGGCGGUGAGCAGGGCCCUGUGCUCGGUGUACACCGGCCCGACGAUCCGGGACAUCGAGAAAGCGCUGUCGACAACCAGGCCGUACCCUUGGAGUUGGAGCAGCAGCCGCUACAGCCCAACAAUGCAUCUUGGCAGGUUGGGAGCGCUGAGUCGAGCGCCGGAGAAGUACACUACGAAGGUGAGGAGCUGCGGCGGCAAGACGCCGAGCGACGGGUACAAGUGGAGGAAGUACGGGCAGAAGUCCAUCAAGAACAACCCCCAUCCCAGGAGCUACUACAAGUGCACGAGCUCCCGGUGCGGCGCGAAGAAGCACGUGGAGAAAUCCACGGAAGACCCGGAGAUGCUGAUGGUCACCUACGAGGGUCCGCACCUGCACGGCCCGCAGCCGCUCUUCCCGCGCCGGCAGUGGCUGUCGAUUGACCUGUCCGGCGCUGCGGCGGCGGCGGCUGCGGCCUCGAAGACGAAGCAGCAGCAGGCCAGGGUCUCCUCCUCCUCCUCCCCGGCCGCGUCAGCCGCGCUCGCAACAAGCGACGACGGGGGCGGCGGCUGGCCACCGAGCCAGCAAACGACGACGCGCGGGCGCGACACCGAGGCAGCGCGAGGAGGGCCCACGGCUGCUGCAGGCGAGACGGCGACGCCCGGGCCGCCUCAGAUCGGACGCGCGGGUGACGCUGUGUCGACGCAGCCGCGCCUGGUGCUGACCGCGGACUCGUGCGACGACGGCUCGGCCGCCUCCGUGCCGCCGCCGUGGGCUUCUGCGGCGUUUCCUCACUGUGACUCGCCGCCUAUGAUGACCUGGUCGUGCCCUGACUUCCCCUUCGCCUGGUCCCCUGAUGAAGCUCCUCUGCUUCUGUAGAAGCCGGUAACCAAAACCAGCUCAAAAGUCUAGGAAUAGGAUAUAUAAAAUGGCGAUGCAUACGUACGUAGAUAUCUCAAAAGGGAUCAAAAGAUCAGAGACCCCAGCGGUUUUAGUAUAUGUAUAUAUAUACUGCAUGCAAAAAUAACCCAAGUGACUCAAGCCCACAGAACACUGACGUGAAGCUACCAAAGUUGGUGCAGCGACAGUGACAAAAGGGCUUACCACUUCUCUAGUUAACCAGACGACGACUAUUACUACUAGCUAUAUUUGUACAGUAAGCUGGGCAUCACAAGUGCCAAUGUGUGCCUUAUCACCAGAAGAAAAGGUUACUUUCCUCUUUUACCCAGACGUUAAUCGUAA